AAUUCGACACCGACAGCGGCGCUCCUUCCAAGUUGUUCGCUCCGGAGGGGUUCAGCAAAUUUCGAUCAUUAUACAUUAUUGGUUUCUCCAACUCCCAUCGACUUUCUCCCAAACAUCACAUAUCAUUGCUCCUGGUUAGAAAUAGUCUGAAUUACAUCCCAAUAGCAUUUCGACAGAUUUUUACAAAGGAUGGCACCCUCUGUCAUGCUGGACACCUCGGACGACUUCAAGCCCUGGGCCAGCUCUCAGCGCACCCUGUUGCUUUGCCCUCCCUCGCUCUCAUCCCACCCGGAGGCACUGAACAAUGUUCUCGAGUCUCACGAUCGUUCCGUUACCGACAUACAGAUGCUGGACCGCCUCUCGCUUGGUCUUGUGGCUCUUCCCGAAUCGACAUACGACGUCAUCCUGAUUCUCUCGGAUGCCGACGGCUCACGAGGUGAGAGCCAAAGACUGCUAGGCCGAGAUGUCUUGAGUAAGGUUGUUCGAGCUUUGAAGCCAAAUGGCAAACUUCACAGUCAGGAUGGUGGCUUUGCUGCAAAUGAGGGACAGGAGAGAACUGAGGCCAUUCUGGCCGGUCUACUUGUUGACCCUAGCGGCAGUUUGGUGAAACCUGGAUACAGCAACAACGAGGCCGUUCCUUUAAGGUUUGGAAAGAAGAAGACGAGCACCCCGGCUCAGGCUCCCUUGUCACCCAACAGCAAACGCAAGGCUGAGUCACAGCAGCCUAGCAAGCUGGCUGGCGUCGGCUUCGUGGAUUUCAGCGAUGAUUUUGACAAACCUGUUAUCGAGGGCGAGGACGACUAUGAUGAUGAGUUGAUUGACGAGGAUACUCUUUUGGAUGAAGAAGACCUUGCUAGGCCCAUUGUUCAACCCCCCGAAUGUCGACCCCGAGCUGGUAAGCGCCGCCGAGCCUGCAAAGACUGCACUUGCGGUCUGAAGGAUAAGCUAGACGCCGAAGACGCGGCGAAGCGUUCGCAGGCAGACACGGCGUUGAACACCAUGAAGUUGGAUACGGAUGAUUUGGCUGAAGUGGACUUCACUGUCCAGGGCAAGGUUGGUAGCUGUGGUAAUUGUGCCCUUGGAGACGCCUUCCGCUGCGACGGAUGUCCGUACAUUGGGCUACCUGCCUUCAAGCCUGGUGAGGAAGUCCGCUUGGUGAACAACGAGGUGCAAUUAUAAUGGACUGCAUGGGUUGGCGUUGAGGGGUUGGUUUCAAUUAUACCUGAGAUUCGGUCUUCGCUCGGGUUCCAUUUUAUUUGCAUGGCGAUGCAAUUGUUGAAUGCCCUGGUGGCUAUGGAAACUUUCUGCUUGAGUGAUGCUUGAUGACGUACAUUGAAACUCACGAUAUGCGCAUUUCAAUAGAUGAAUGGUAACAAAAGUCUCACAUCGUAAUGCUCUACGACAAAGUCAUCUUUUGAAGACCAAUGAAAAAUAUGGCAUUUUCUCAUUAGAAAGCUCGAUCUGUAACAUGUUGUAUUUUUUGUCCAUGCC